AUGUUUGCAGAUGGUUAUGGUCCUUGGGGACAUCGUGGACGUUCUAGUAUUAAAAUUGAUGUAAAUCUACGUUCUUUAAAGGAUCAUGAAGUGCAGAAUGCUAUUACUGUACGCAAACUAGGAGAUUACUUUGAUUUUGGAGUCGUAAUAGCGUCUUACUCGACAGAGACGGCACUAAUUGCGGGUUUUGACGAUCGUACAGCUUGUAGCUGGAAUUAUUCCAACAAACACAAUGUAGAGGGUGUACUACAGGGCAAUUUCUAUACAAUAGCAAGUGAUCAAAUGUUACAAGUGAAUGCAACGUUUUACCCACGAGAUCAUGGAUUACAGACGGUAUUAGUGAUGACUUGUUGGAAGCAAAAGAAUGCAGCAUUUGGAUAUCUUGUUAGUGCCGAUGAAUUUGUGACAUAUCCAAUGAUGGAUCCACUGUUACAUUUGGAUGCAACGAUUGGUUUUCAAAAUCCAUACGGAUAUUUACCGGGAUUAUUGUAUGGACUGUUCCCGUUCAAUGGCGUUUUAUCACUCAUGUAUAUUGUAUUGGGAAUAUACUUUCUGGCUUUGAUUACUCGCCAUCAUCAGAGGGUUGUCGCGGUGCACUAUUUCUUGCUUGUGGUGCUGCUACUUGCAACUAGUGAAUCGGUAGCAUGGUUUGUCACGUACAAGUUGCUGAAUGAUUCAGGUGUACCAGCAUGUUGCCCCUACCCGGACUCGGUGUUGUUUUCCACGUUUAUAAAGGUUUUGGCGGGUAUGACUGCACGCAUUGCUACCACGUUAGUUAGUCUUGGCUACGGGACUUCUCGAAUGCAGAUUUCCUGGCCCGAGGUUUUUGUGGUUUCUGGAUUGGGUAUAUGCUACUUUGUCUCAGUGGGGGCGUUGGAGGUAAGCCAUAUUGCUAAUCAGUCUGACGGUGAUGCUCGACCUCCUGCUAUCUGGGAAGCUCUUGUCAUUGUGACCAACGCGUGCUUUGGAGGAUGGAUUUUUGUGUCCCUCGAUUUGACACGCAAGAAUCUGGUCGCUUUCGGACACACGGCACCAUCGCGAAUGCAUGAAUCGCUUUGUCGGGUUUUGCUCUCGUAUGUGAUUAUCUCCUUUAUGCUGAUGGCUUUUGAAGGGGCAAUCUAUUCAGGGGUGGUUUGGUUUCCGUGGCAAUAUAUAUGGGUUGUUUGGGCGGCUACUCGCCUGCUGUUCUUCGUGAUUUUGUUAGUUGGAGUAUAUCUGUGGCGGCCAAUGAAACACAGCCUACUUUACGCACAGAUGGAUCAGCUCUCCAGUCGCAAGCCAAUGAUACCUACAUCGAUCAUACGUGGCAUCGAGCUGCAUCAGCGCGUGUCCUCUGAAGUGGACGAUGAAAAUUCCGAGCUGAUGAAAUGCUUGCCAUCAAGUACUUGA